ACGUUCCCGCCAUCAUCGCACUGCACUGCUGCGAGUCCCGCCUCGCUAGUGUCAACAAGAUAGCAUACAUCGAGCCGGCGGUCAACGCCGGCCAAACAAACUUUUGGCCUCUCCAAACCAACAUUUUGAUACUGAACAUUUCACGGCGAGCGUAGGCCAACAGCAGGAUUUGAUUGCUCCACGACCUCCAAAGUGCACCGACGGGAUCGUUAAGCCAUGGCCACCCUAGUGCCCAAACUCUCCAGUGGCGGCUCUGUGAAGAUCCGCUACAACAGCUUGCAUGUCGGCACCUCGCGGUGGAAAGAAGGGACUUUUGAGAUACUGGAAAAGGACAAUAAAGUCAGCCUGUGCUUAAGAUUCAACUGCGGCGGGGUGGGCAAAACCUUCCAGCUGAAUCAGAAUGUGAAGAAGGUCUCCUCCAACAUGGACCGAAUCAUACUGAAUUUGAAUGACAAGAGCGUCAUCACUCUGGACAAAAUGCCUCCCACUUUGGCCCAGAAGACUCGAGACUACCUGGAGAAGCUGAAGCAAGGAAAGACAAGUGUCUUAAAAUCAUCUCAUGGAAGUGUAAACUUCAGCGUGCCGACUCGGCGCUCAGUGAAAAAUGAAAUCAGCCCCUCUGGGGAAAGACAGACCACAACGAGACGGCAGAGUGCUGAGGGACGGGAGGAAUCCACACCGCGUAAACCUUUGGGCAGUCCGAGCAGAGCGGCCUCCACGCCUGUUCGAACCGGACUCUCCGAGAACCGGAGUGAAAAGAGAAAGCGACUACUUCCCUCCGAAAGCGACUUGAGUGAGGACUACCCCAAAGAAAAUGACUCCUCGAGCAACAACAAGGCCACUUCGGACCCAUCUAGGAAGUUUUUACUGAGCUGCAAAGAUAAACUGAAACAGGCAGAAGACAACCGGAGCAUAGCUCCCCUUGGUUCAACAACUCCCCUCCAGCCGACUUCAUUCUACAGCAGUCGAUCUGUGACCAAGGAUUACAGCCAGAGCCACUCCUUUUCAGAAAGGCCAUCGAGUACAUCCCUCACGCCCACAGCCAAACGCAGCCUUCUGCUGCCCAAUCACUCCACUCCUUUCAAGAAAGUACGGCCCUCUGUGGAUUAUGGUGGUUGGAACAAGCAGAGACCCUCCACUCCAGCCCAGUCGCAGCCUCCUCUGCAAGGAUUUUCAAAUUUGGGCAACACUUGCUAUAUGAAUGCCAUUCUGCAGUCGCUCUUCAGCCUGCCGUCCUUCUCCAAUGACAUGCUGAGGCAGAGCAUCCCUUGGAAGAAAGUGCCUGUCAAUGCGUUGCUCAGGCGUUUCGCUCAUCUUCUGGCAAAGAAGGACGUGGGCUGCCCGGAAACACAAAAAGACCUGCUGAGGAAAGUUAAAAGUGCCAUCUCCUCUACCGCUGAGCGUUUCUCUGGAAAUAUGCAGAAUGACGCUCAUGAGUUCCUCAGCCAGUGUCUGGACCAGCUGAAAGACGACGUGGAGAAAAUGAACAAAAGCUGGACAAAUGAAGCAUCUGCAUCCUCUUCCUCUUCCUCCUAUUCAUCGGUGACGUGUGAGAGUAACCAUGAGGCCAAGGUGGACCCCGGCGAAGAAGCGGACACCUCCCGCAUCUACACCUGCCCUGUGGCUGUUAACAUGGAGUUUGAAGUGCAGCACACUAUCACCUGCAAAUGUUGUGGCGAAGUGGUGACCAAGCGUGAGCAAUUCAACGACCUGUCCAUCGACUUACCUCGCAGAAAAAACACACUCCCACUUCGAUCUGUCCAAGAUUCCCUGGAUCUUUUUUUCAGGCUAGAGGAAAUUGAAUAUUCGUGUGAGAAAUGCAGUGGGAAAGCAGCCACGGUUACACACAAAUUCAGCAAACUACCCAGAGUGCUCAUCCUCCACCUGAAAAGGUACAGUUUUAAUGCCCAGCUGUCUCUGAACAGCAAGCUGGGCCAACAGGUAGUGAUACCUCGCUACCUGACUCUGCUGUCACAUUGCACUGACUCCACUCGGCCCCCCAUCAGUCUCAGCUGGAGUUCUCAAGCGUCCAGAGCACUCAAAACCUCACAGACACUCAAUGCAUCCACGGCACCGCUGCGGAGGGUUGGAGGGAAGUUGGUAAAUUCCAACAACACAUCUGCACUAGUGGAUUCGGACAGCGAGGAGGAGCUGACCAGAAAGGUGAGCGCAAGCGGCAAAAGACGAAUCAGCACCUGUCUCCCGGAAGAUGACGAACGACCGGAAGAGCGGGGAGUUCCCAUGGAUCCGGCAGAAUUCAGCGGGAUUAACGACGACGAAAUGUUAGAGGCCGUACUGGAGCUGAGUCGCCAGGAGGCCGGUCUCACUGCGCCGUCUCCCCUGAAAGACGAACCGACGAGCAGUCCAGACACGGGCUUCGGGGACACGGAUGCCCAUGAACUGGCCUAUCACACAGAUCUGCUGGAUACAGACAGUAAACAACCUGCAAAUGUGUUGGAUUCCUUGGACUUGACCAUGGACGAGAACAAGGAGAACCAAACCCCGGAGAGCUCGCAGGUGCAUCAGGGGGAAAUGGAUUGGGUCCAGCAGUACAACUUGGAUCAGGAGAGGGAAGAUCAGGAGUUGCAGCAAGCGCUGGCACAGAGCCUCAAGGAGCAUGAAGCCCAAGAGAUGAGAGAAGAUGACGAUCUAAAGCGGGCCACUGAGCUCAGCUUGCAAGAGUUCAACAAUUCUUUGCCUGAGCUCAUAUGCUCUGAUGAUGAUUCCGGCAACGAAGACAUGCUUGACAUGGAGUACACUGAAGCCGAAGCUGAGAACCUCAAGAGGAACGCUGAGUGUGGGGACUUGGCCAACUCUUUUCGGCUCAUCAGUGUCGUCAGCCACAUCGGGAGCAGCUCCUCCUCUGGACAUUACAUCAGCGACGUGUAUGACAUGAAGAAGCAGUCGUGGCUGACGUACAAUGACCUGGAUGUGUCGCGCACACAGGAGACAGCCGUCCAACGAGAGCGUGACCGUAGUGGAUACAUCUUCUUCUACAUGCACAAAGACGUGUUUGAGCAGCUGUCUGAAAUGGAGAAAGCCACCGGCAGUGUCUCAGACUUGGGGAGAAACGUCCUGCAGCCCCUCUGAGCCCAGCGACUUCUUCGGACACAAAACAGCUUGAGCUUAACUAGACUGGUGUCUUUAGUACUACUGAUUGCUGUUCUUUUCCCCUUUCAGUUUUGGCACUUGUUUCCCUCAACACAUUACAGAACUGCAACUGUCAAAGAGACUGAUGCAGUUAAAAUGUUUGAUUGAUCACAUUUGCCUUGGUGGUUUGGGGUCUACAUUUCUUCUUUGCUACAGUUUUAUCAACUGUUUUGUAGACUUAAAAAAAACAUCAGACGCCACAACGGGAGCUUCAUGAGUUAUGUUUUCCUCGCAAAACCCUCUUUUUGCUUUAUAAAGUAAAUACAAAUAUACUAUAUUGGAUAAGCUAUUAUUUAGAGUUUAGAGGGUUGCUGUAUUUAGCAGGUACAGUCAGUGCAAUAUCUUUUUGGGCACAAUUCAAGUUUUGUGUGGAUUUCUUUGUUUUUCCUGAGGUGAGCUGUUUGUGCUUUACCCCUGUUAAUGAUUUCCAGCAAAAAAGCCCUCAUGUCUUGUUUUGAUCAUCUGCCUCCUGAGAAAUCUUUUAUAGAUGUUAUGUGUGAGCUUUACAUUUGUUUUCCCCCCACCAAUAUUUUUGUCAAAACCUUUAACAAUUUUUAUAGUCUUGAGUUUUUCUAUUUAUUGCGACUUCAAGUUGACCGGUGAAGACGCACAAUACCAGGGAAGCAAGAUCUUUUGUCAUACCCAAUUAAAGUUGAACCUUCACAUCAAUCUCAUUUAGUCUUUUUGCAAAUAAAACAAACCUAUUGUUUCCAACCACAAAAAUUCCUGGAAUUGGCUGUGUUCAGCUUCUUUUCCAGCUUCCACAUUUAACCUGAUGUAAUUCUUACAGCAGACUCUAAUGAUAAAAUAUUACAAUAGGCGUAGAUUUGGUUUUUAGGUGUUUAAUUAACUGGUCACAAGUCUGUCACCUGUCCUGCUGGCAUGGCUUCAUCAUGGGCAGUAAAUGUUGCCCUGUCAGUCGGCUGUACUCUUUAAGAAUGUAGUUUUCUUUCUGCAGCAUCUAUAGAGGCACAGCAACACAAAAUGCCACGUUCGGGUUUCACUUAAAGAACUGCAACCUCAAAAUGUCAGCUUUUGUUUUUUCUUUCAAGAAAAAUGCAACAUUUAACAUUCCUGUUACAUCUGUUUCUCAGGAACAGCAAACCUGUUUGACCAACAUAACAGGAUGGAUAAACACACCCUGGGUCAAAUUGAUCCAUUUAAAAAAAAAAAAAAAAAAAAAAAAAAAAAACAGUUUUUGCAGUGUGAGAUUUAACACCGUUAAGACAUCAGUGUCUAGCUUCUGUUGGACCCUUGGCUGUAAUUCUGCAUUACAACAACAGAGCGUUGGCCUUGAUGUGACGUAGGAUAUGCCUAGCACCCUCCUCCCCAGUGUGUGAUUCUUUAGUUUUUUUCUAAAAAAGAUGAUUCAGAAGAGGUAAUUGUAUAUUUUCUGCUAGAGAAACCCAAAAUAUGUUUUAGCUUUUUACAAAUAGGAGACAAGGGGCUGCACUCCACCCAUUGUUAGGUAAAGUGCAUCAUUUCCCCUACACUUUCGGUGCGAGUGCACAGCUGUAAUGUACCUGAAUCAAUUUAACAGAUUACUCAAAAGUGUCAGAAAUGGGAAAAUAAAAUCCGAGUAUUAUUCAUCUCAUUGAUAACUGUUACUAAGCCACAACACUUGGAAAAACUACAUUUAAAAUGGGUCCAUUUAACACACAAGGUUAUUACACUAUUUCCUUCAGGACUAAAUAUGGAUGGAGUAACUCUCCGGUUACAUUUGUGUUUCAUUAACACCAGUAAUCUUCCUGGGUCG